AUGCCCUGGAACAUGUUACCUCGAGAGCUUAGCAAUGAAAUCUUGACGCAGGUCGUCGAGACUGCGUGCAGCAGCAAUGAGCCCAUUGCUAGAUACGCAAGCGUCUGCCGAGGUUGGCAGGCCUUUUUCGAAUGGUACACAUUCUGCUCUCUCGACGUCACGCCAGGUGAUCUCGAUACCUUCAGAUCGGCAUUCCAAGCGGUACAAAGAAGAAGAUACCUUCAGCGCCUCGGCCUGGUACUCGCCCUUCCCCAACACCCGCCGAUCCGAUUUCAUAAUAGCCAGGGCGACACAGAAGAGCAAACCGCCCUGCUACUAAUGCGGAUGAUCUGGGACGGCGGCCCUGGUGCCUACUACGUUCCUCCGGGGCUGAAACACCAACACGGGCUGGACAACAUGUCCUUUGUUUCCGGCGUCUCCUCUCUCUUUCGCCUCUUGGCGGCCUGGACACGAGACCAAGUCUCGGACAAGGGUGUGGCCCUCGAAAUCAUCGCAGACUCAAAGAGCUAUUGGCAGAGGAUGGCGGAAAGAUUGCGGCAAUACGGCCGACUUUCCGCCAUGCAUCAGAGACCUGUGCAGAACCUAUGGAUGGUGAGUGGCACACGGUUCUUGGCCACGUCGGUUUCCUGGCGCGACUGGCAAGGGCCCAUCUGCGCAGCCGAAGUAGACUUCAAUUUCGAGCUCGGCUUGUAUUACGGAGGCGCAUGCGGGGGGCAGGGGAGGAUUGCCAGGACAAGAGGCCGCGAGGAGUUGUUCCCCAUCGUCAGGGUCAUCACGGCCGUGUCUAUUCGACGCAGGACCGUUCGGCGCUUCCACCCGGAGGCCGUCCGCGCCAUUGUCCGGAGCCUCCCCUGUCUUCAAAGGCUCGACUGGCAGCUCCGGCCAUUCGUGACCUGCAAGAGCAAACGCCCGUUUGAGCACGACAUUGUCAAGGUGCUGCGGGCUCUGCCCUCGUCGCUGCGACACGUGCACGUUACCCAGGUGCAAAUGUACCUGAUCCGGUGCAGACGUCGAGAUUACGAAUGCGACGGCGUAUUAUUCAGAUCCAUCUGGGCCAGACUCUCUCGGCUCGAGAGCCUCUCUCUCGAGUAUCAUGGCCGCACGCUCGAAUCCUACAUGAAGAAUAACACCACGCCGUGGCCAAAGCUGGAGAGGCUUGUCUUCGCAGCCAGGGGAUCCAUAGGGGACCAUCCAACCGACGAUCUAAAUCGUCUGGUCCAGAACGCCGCCCGAAUGCUGCUACGCAUGCCUCGGCUGCGGUUCUUGAUGCUGUACGACACCACUGGCCGUGGCGUUGGCUGCUUCACCUGCCGAGUUGCGGAUGGCGCCAUUGCUCUUGAUCUCAAGUGCAGUUGGCACUUUAUACCAGACGCAGUCUCGAUAGCAUCUUGGCAGACUACGGCGGCAGCACGCGCCGUCCAGAAUGUCACCUGGGACGCUGGGAUGCCAGGCAUUUCUCACAUUAUACAGUACAUAAAUCUGAUUCGAAUCAAAAGUCCAAUUCUGUUGAGAGGGGGCUGA